AUGGACCAUUCACAGGAUGUCCACCUCGAAGAAGUCUUUUGGCGAUCGCCUCAGCACGUGCAAAUGAUGGGAGGAUAUCUGCAUUCAAAUAAUAAGUCCCCAUUCUUUGACGCAACCUCCAACAAUGCAUCGCUAGCAAUCCAGGCAAACUACAACGAGGCUUUUCGCCAUUUUAUAGAGACGCGGGACUCUUUUGAAGGCAGGCUCAAGACGAUGCAGGGAUUGGAGUUUAUGGUAGCAUAUGACCCGUUAGAAGCUGCAGCGCAGUCGGAGACUCAGUUCGCCCGCGAACCAUCGAAUAUCUGGGUGAUUCGCAAACAAAUGAGACAGAAGCGGCCGGGAAUGGAAGACGACGUCGUUGUGCUCUCAACAUACUAUGUUGUUGGUGAUGCAGUUUACAUGGCGCCUGCAGUCUCGAGCGUCAUUGGAAAUCGAAUACUUUCCGCUGUCACAUCACUUACGAGACUAAUGCAUGUUGCUUCCCCUCUUCCUAUCUUCACACCGUCAUAUGGCCAUACAUACAUGCCACCCGGCCCCCGAGCGGCAGACGCUCCUCAGGCAGCAUCUCAAUCUCAGCAAAGCAAGGAGUCGACCCCAAUGCCCGAGUCUCAAAGUACCGCGAAAGCAUCUUUGACUGCUGGCACUACGAAUAUUAAAGACACCUCUUAUCAAGACACGCGUGGUUUAAUGGAGGCGUUAAACCUCCUCUCCCGAUACGGAGAUGAAUACAUGGACGAAACCCCAUUAACAGGCGAACCGGGUUCAUUCAUAUUGUCCAAAUCCGCCGAUGCUGCUAGCAGUACUUCUGCUCGGCGAGGUCCCAAGACAAAUAUGCAUGCGCCUGCAGUCCCUCGAAAACCUGGGACUCCAGCGGUCGGAGAUACCUCAACUCCUUCGAGAGGCAUGGAAUAG